CACGUAAAAGAGAGGAAUAUUAAAGAAAUCGUGCGUUAUACACACUGGUUGAAGAUUGCUGCACUGCACGGUUUUCUCUAUAUCAAAAAAAUAACUUUAGUGGUAUUCAACUCUGGAGGAUGAAUUGGGCAAAGUUUUCUGUCUUUGCUUGUUUCCUAGUCUCGAAUACUCUGGCUGAUGCUGGAGAGAUGCCUGACAAAGAGCCUCAUGCUCCCGAGGAACGUAGAGGAAAACCACCACCCGGAUGUUUACCUGGUCAGCCAGGAUGUAAUAAACCCGGAUGUUCCGAAGGACAAUGCUGUGGUACUCCAGGCGUUCCUGGUGUCCCAGGCGUACCUGGCCAGACCGGGAGAGACGGACGACCCGGUCGCCCUGGUGUGCCGGGCGCAAUUGGAGCGCCUGGUAAGAAAGGUCAUCCUGGUGAACCUGCCAUAUCAAACUGGAAACAAUGUACUUGGAGAGCUGGUGAUGGAAAAGACCACGGGCUUAUUCGUGAUUGUACGUUUGUUAAAAAACGAGACGACUCUUAUCUUCGCGUUUUCUACGCUGGAAAUCUUCGCAUCUACAACUGUAAUAAUUGUUGCAAGCGGUGGUUUUUCAAAUUUAAUGGCGCUGAAUGCAAUGUUCCUAUUGAAGGUGUUUAUUAUAUGUGGAAAGGAUUAAAAAGUCAAAAUAUUCAUCGCCAUCGUCAUAUUGAGGGUUAUUGUGGUAGAAUUCGCAAAGGUCAUGUUCGUGUUGGAUUUUGGGUUGGUAAUUGCCGCAGUUACGCAAAUGCUGACGCGUAUUCCGGCUGGAAUUCUGUCUCGCGUAUUGUGAUUGAAGAAGUACCACCUCCACAAAAGUAGACAUAAGGACAUACUCUCACACUAGUAUUUCACAUUAGUAACAUAUGACUUUAUCUGUCUCUCAAAAACAGCAAA